AGGAACUAACAUUAAUAGCUUUUACCACUACACAAGUAGUAGUAUUUGUAACAAUUACUUUAGAUUGUGAUAAUGUCGGAUCCAACACAGCUGCUCCUCCAGCGUGGCAUUGGGGCCAUUCUGUCCAGCUUGGGGGGCGGUAAACUGAAGGGCGGCCAAGCUGCUGAGCUGAAGAAGACGCCUCCUAAGGCAAAGGUGCCCAGAAAAAUACCGCAGCCACAGAAACAACCACAGAAACAGGAACAGCAACAAGGAUUUGACCUGGACACCACAGUAGAAUUUUCAGGAUGGGAAGACAUCAGUUCACAUCAAAACAUUGGUUUUCAGGGGGAAUACACAAAGGACGAUUGUGACUCAAGAGCAGGAAAAUCUGUUGAAGAAAAAAUUGAAGCUCCUCCUGAAGAACCUAAUAAUAAAAAUGAAGGCCAAGCAGGAAGGAGACAAGACCCACCACCUAGACGAGGUCGAUCUGAUAGGCCGCGACCUUCUCAGGGGCGUUCCCCACCACAUCCGAGAGGUCACUAUGAAAGUCGUGAUCGUUCUGGAUAUGGUGGGAGAAUGGGUUCAGCUGGCAGGGACUACAAUCGCUAUUAUGAUAAUUAUGAUGAUUAUGAUCGAAGGUCUCCAUAUGGUGGGGGUCGUUAUGACAGGGGAAGAUAUGACAGAAGCAACGUUCCAUACAGUGACAGGCAGACAUAUGAUGAUUUACAUUACAGAAGCAGGGCUGAUUCUGACCCAUACCCUUAUGAACGUAACAAACGCCGCACUCCACCUCCUCCAAGGAUAUCCUCAACCCAGAAAACCUUACCAGCUGUUCCACUACCACCCCUAGAUGCUCCUGUUCGUGGGCCAACUGGAACACUUCUCAAACAACUGUCUGACUGUGAGGUGAGGGAUGAAAAGGAUGUGGACCUUGCCUCCGAUGUUAUCACCAUGCUUUUAAAGGGUCUCUCGGAUUUCCACAGGAAACAAGGUUCUUCCAGUUCUGUUCAUUUGAUAUCAGAGGCACAGAUCAAAUUUGACAUUAUGAAAGAGCUCAUAAAUGUGCCCAACCCAGAGGUGUCAACUUGGAUGUGAACCACACAGAUACAACAAACACCAGAAUAUCAUAAUGCAGCAGCCAUUACUGAACAACCAGUAAGCUUCACCUUGGAUGUGAAUUAUUGUACAAAUGCAAUAAACAGUAAAAUAUUUAUGAAGUAAACACUAUGAAAAAAA